AUGGCUUUUUCCCUUUCUUCUUGUGCACUCACAAAACCAUUUUUGAGGGUCCAAAGCUUGAAGCAUGCAGUUCAGAGGCAAAAUGGUGUUUUAGCUUUGAUAAAGUGUGCAUCAAGAGAGUCUUCAGAGUUGCCAGAAAAAGGGUCCAAGUUGGAGAUAGGGUCUCCCAUCAUUUUCAUUGAAGCUCCCAAGAUGAUCAAGACUGCAGCUAAUAUGCCCUCCCUUAGGGUUAAUACUGGCCAAGUCAAAGCUGGUGAUGUUGGAAGGAUUGUUUCAAGAAAACCCAAAGAUGUUUGGGUUGUGAGGCUCAGAAUUGGAACUUAUCUAGUAGAUGGGAAAUAUUUCAAGCCAUUGGAUCUGGCUGAGCCAAAUUGA